AUGAAAUUUCCAAUCGAGACUCCAAGAAAACAGGUCAACUGGGAUCCUCAAGUGGCUGUACCCUCACCAGUGCCAGCUUGUGAACCAGAGCCCAAAACUAACGGGCAUUACCCAGCUCCACGGCUCUCCAUUUCCUCCCGAGCCACUGUCGUUGCUACCAUGGAAACCCCUUCUCAAGGCCUGCAGACAGUCAUGAAGUGGAAAACAGUGGUGGCCAUCUUUGUCGUGGUGGUAGUUUACCUGGUGACAGGAGGACUUGUCUUCCGUGCCCUGGAGCAGCCCUUCGAAAGCAGGCAGAAGAACACAAUUGCGCUAGAGAAGGCUGACUUUCUUCGGGAGCAUGUUUGUGUAACCCAGCUAGAGCUGGAGACGCUGAUUCAGCAUGCUAUUGAUGCUGAUAAUGCAGGAGUCAGUCCCAUAGGAAAUUCCUCUAACAACAGCAGUCAUUGGGACCUCGGAAGUGCCUUUUUCUUUGCUGGAACAGUCAUCACAACAAUAGGAUAUGGGAACAUUGCCCCAAGCACUGUUGGAGGCAAGGUUUUCUGCAUCUUGUAUGCCAUCUUUGGCAUUCCACUGUUUGGCUUCUUGCUGGCUGGGAUUGGAGACCAACUUGGAACCAUCUUUGGGAAGGGUAUCGCAAGGGUGGAAAAAGUUUUCAGAAAAAAGCAAGUGAGUCAAACAAAGAUCCGGGUGAUCUCUACCAUCCUCUUCAUCCUGGCAGGCUGCAUUGUCUUUGUGACGAUUCCUGCAGUUAUCUUCAAACACAUCGAGGGAUGGACAGCCUUGGAGUCCAUCUACUUUGUGGUUGUCACUCUGACUACUGUUGGCUUCGGUGACUUUGUAGCAGGAGGAAAUGCUGACAUCCAUUACCGGGAGUGGUAUAAACCCUUAGUGUGGUUCUGGAUCCUUGUUGGCCUUGCUUAUUUUGCUGCUGUCCUGAGUAUGAUUGGAGACUGGUUAAGAGUCCUGUCCAAGAAGACAAAAGAAGAGGUUGGAGAAAUAAAAGCCCACGCAGCGGAGUGGAAAGCGAAUGUGACAGCUGAGUUCAGAGAGACACGGAGGCGGCUCAGCGUGGAGAUCCACGACAAACUUCAGCGGGCAGCCACCAUCCGGAGCAUGGAGCGCAGGCGCCUGGGCCUGGACCAGCGAGCCCACUCCUUAGACAUGCUCUCUCCAGAGAAGCGUUCUGUCUUUACUGCCUUGGAAACAGGACGCUUCAAGGCCUCAUCUCAGGAAAGCAUCAACAACAGGCCUAACAACCUGCGCCUUAAAGGGUCAGAUCAGCUCAACAAACAUGGGCAGGGGGCAUCUGAGGACAACAUCAUUAACAAGUUUGGAUCGUCUGCUAAGAUGACCAAAAGGAAAAACAAAGACCUCAAAAAGACCAUCCCUGAGGAUGUGCGUAAAAUUUACGAGACCUUCCGAAACUACUCCUUGGAUGAAGAAAAAAAGGAAGAGGAGACGGAGAAGAUGUGUAAUUCUGAGAACUCUUCUAGCACUGCAGUCCUGACCAACUGCAUCCAGCAGCACUCAGACCUGGAGAAUGGAAUGAUCCCCAAUGAAACCAAAGAAAGGGAACAUGAAAACAAAGCGUUACUUGAAGACAGAAAUUAA